UGGCCCGAUGGCUACCGCCAUUUUGUUUACGGGGCAGAUGACGAUCGGGCCCAGACCCACCAAAGCGGGUGGGCCAUGAGAAACACCAAUAACCAUGACAGCAGCAGACUCAAGAAAUCUUGUCUUGGGGUGAUGCUCUGUUCAAAUAACAACAAUAAUAAUAAUUACAACAACAAUACUUUGGUGAACAUAAGACCAUUCAUUUGUGACAAAGCAAGAAGCAAGCAAAAAGGCACUCCAUGCCCUACCAGAGGUUGCAGGGGAAUUUUAGUGCAGCGGAAGUGUUCGGGGCACGCGGGCAAGCCCGUAACGCACGUCUGGCGAUGCGUGGGGGGGUUUGUUUACUUCCAAUGUAAGGGCUUCCACGAUCACCCCCGUCCACAGCCUAAGUCGUCA